UCCACAGUCUGUGGAGACAUUGUGCAGACAGAGAGGAGAUCCUGAGAUCCCUCAGCUGUCCAAGAAAGGAGACAUUAUGUUGGGAGGAAUCUUCUAUUUUCACCUCAGCUGGAAAAACAAACUGAAUAAUUACACUGAAAAACCUCUGCCACUAGAAUGUAUCAGUUUGAGUUUCAGAGACUUCCAGUUUGCUCAAGCCAUGCGUUUCGCCAUUGAGGAAAUUAACAACAGCACAGACCUACUUCCAGGCAUUUCUCUAGGAUAUAAUAUUUAUGAUACAUGUGGAUCUGUUAUCCAAAGCUUAAAAGUUGCACUUGCAUUAAACAAAGAUAUUGACAAUGUGUCUUUAACGUCAGAGGAGCCAUGUACCAGACCAGUAAAAUUGCAGGCCAUAUUGGGAGAAAACUCUUCCUCCUCCAGCACAGCAAUAGCUACUGUUCUGGGACCAUUUCACAUCCCACUUAUCAGCCAUUUUGCCACAUGUGCUUGUCUCAGUGAUAAAUCAAAGUACCCAUCCUUUCUUAGAACAGUACCCAGUGAUUACUAUCAGAGCAGAGCUCUGGUGCAGUUGGUCAAACACUUUGGUUGGACCUGGGUUGGAGCUGUUAGAACCAAUGAUGACUAUGGCAACAAUGGCAUGGCAACAUUUACAGAAACUGCAGAGCAGCUGGGAAUAUGUCUGGAAUAUUCUGUUUCUUUUUUUAGAACAGAUUCAUCUGAAAAACUAAAAAAGAUCAUUGACAUUAUCAAGGCUUCAACUUCUAAGGUCAUUAUUGCUUUUCUUUCCCCUCCGGACAUGGAGAUGCUUUUACAUGAGCUAUCUAAUCACAACCUGACAGGGUAUCAGUGGGUCGGCAGUGAGUCGUGGAUCUUUGAUGCCCAAAUUGUAGCAAUGGAUAAGAAUCACAUCCUGGAUGGAGCUAUAGGACUUUCUAUUCCAAGAGCAAAUGUCAGUGGUUUGAAAGAAUUCAUGCUGGAUGUGAAGCCACUUAACUCAUCAUUUAAUGAUUUAUUUAUAAAAUUCUGGGAGGCAUUAUUCAGCUGCAAUUUCAAGCAGUCACAAUCAGAAGAGAUUCAGAUAGAUUGUACUGGACAUGAGGAUCUGACUGGAGUGGAAAACAGCUUCACUGACAUGUCUCUCAUGCCCAUUUUUAACAAUAUUUACAAAGGAGUGUAUUCAGUGGCCCAUGCUCUGCACAAGAUUCUAAGCUGUAAUAAAACGUGUAACAGUAGUGUGCAGCUUGAUCCAUUCACAAUCUUGCAGCACAUUAGCAAAAUUCACUUUAGGACAAAAGAAGGAGAGGAGGUUUACUUUAAUGAAAAAGGAGAUCCAUCAGCAAAAUAUGAGAUUAUAAACUGGCAGCCAAGAGAGAAUGGUUAUGUGGACUUUGUCUCUGUGGGUCUGUAUGAUGUAUCAUUACCUGAAGACGAACAGCUAAAUCUGCAAAAUAAGGCUUUCAUGUGGGCACAUAAUUCAAAGCAGGUUCCUGUGUCAGUUUGCAGUGAGAAGUGUCCUCCAGGAACACGGAAAGUUCUCCGGAAAGGAAAACCUGUUUGCUGCUAUGACUGUAUAAGAUGUGCAGAGGGAGAAACUAGCAAUAUUACAGAUUCUGUCAUUUGUGAGAAAUGUCCCUCUGAAUCCUGGUCGAAUGAAAGAAGAGAUGCCUGUGUAACAAAAGAGGCUGAGUUUCUGUCAUAUGAAGAAGUUAUGGGAAUACUUCUCACCACAGCAUCUUUACUUGGAACAUGUCUGACUGCUGCUGUAGCUUUAAUUUUCUUCAGACACAGAAAAACUCCUCUUGUCAGAGCAAACAACUCUGAGUUGAGCUUCCUGCUGCUUUUCUCCUUGAUUUUGUGUUUUCUCUGCCCUCUGACCUUCAUUGGACAUCCCUCUGAGUGGUCCUGUAUGCUCCGUCACACAGCUUUUGGCAUCACCUUCGUCCUCUGUAUCUCCUGCGUUUUGGGGAAAACAAUGGUGGUUUUGAUGGCGUUUAAAGCUACACUUCCAGGAGCAAAUGUGAUGAAACUGUUUGGACCAACACAACAGAGACUCAGUGUUUUGGGUUUAACUUUUGUACAAGUGAUCAUCUGUAUCCUCUGGUUAACAAUUUCUCCUCCUUUUCCUUCAAAUAAUUUUAAAGAAUUUAAAGAUAAAAUCAUCUUGGAGUGUGCUCUGGGCUCAGCUGUAGGCUUCUGGUCUGUGCUUGGGUACAUUGGACUUCUUGCUAUGUUGUGUUUCAUUUUUGCCUUUAUGGCACGGAAACUGCCGGAUAAUUUUAAUGAAGCAAAAUUUAUCACCUUCAGCAUGCUGAUAUUCUGUGCAGUCUGGAUCACUUUUAUCCCAGCAUAUGUCAGCUCUCCGGGAAAAUUUAGUGUUGCUGUAGAAAUUUUUGCUAUUCUGGCUUCUAGCUUUGGACUGCUGAUUUGUAUCUUUAUACCAAAAUGUUACAUUCUGAUGAUGAAACCAGAAAAAAAUACAAAAAAACAUAUGAUGGGGAAAUAA